CGGUAGUGGGCGUGGCUUAGAUCUCCGUCGCUCUUCGUCAUCGUUUUGCUCUCCUCGUUUCAACGUUGAUAUUCAGCGGUGUUGGUCAGAUGUCAACUGUCAAAGGUAGACGGGCAGUACUUGUGUAUCGUAAGAAGCUCUAUGAUACUCUCUUGGAUCUCCAGUGAACGUGAAGUGGGGAAAGAAGAAAUAUGAGAAAAUUGAGGUCGACUUGGCUGAGCCUCCGCCGUCUUCAAAUCCCAGCUCUUCUCUCUCACCGGAGUUCGCAGAGAGACAGAGGCUGAUGAUAGGAGGACUGAUACUAGCGACGAGAUGGUCAAACACCAAUAAAAGUGAAAAACAACGCCACGUUCAUGAUGAUGGGCUCGGCCGACAGCCUCCCCGAGGCUCCGAAACAUGAGACAAAGUUUCUCGAAGACAUGACUGAUACCGAGGCAGCCGCUGCCCUGUCCCUGCCGACCGGGAUAGAGAAUUUCGGCAACACGUGCUACCUGAACGCCACCCUGCAAUGUCUGAAGGUUGUUCCCGAGCUGAGGUCGGCUCUGGGCAGCUACCACGUCCCGGCUACCAGGGCUGAGCUUAUGGACACCGACACCGCAUCGCCUCAGUCUCUCACCAGAGACCUGAAGAUGCUGUAUCUGAUGAUGGAAUCAGGCCAGGACAUACGAAUUCCCUCCAUGCUGUUUCUUCAUACCCUCCACGCCGUUAAACCAGAGUUUGCACACAAGGACGAGAAGACAGGAUCCUACAAGCAGCAGGAUGCUCACGAGUGUGGUCGCCAUGGUCAAUAACCUAUCUGAGACUCUUCAGGGUACCUGGCAUCCCUCCUCCUCCGUCAACCAAUCAGGGAGCGACAGGUGAAGGAAUGCCUUUAUCAAGCAGUACUUUGGGGUGGAGACAAAGUCGACGUACAAAUGCGAGGAGUGUCCAGACGAACGGUCACCACGGAGACGGAAACUAGCUACCAAGUGUCGUGUUUUAUUGCUCAGGAUGAAGUACAUGUAAACAGCUAUGAGGAAGGAAAUGGAGGGGACGGUGAAGAAAAGUCUGCAGUUCUGGAAAGAACGCGGACUUUCAAGAAGACGUCGCCGCUGAGUCGUCUCCCGGAUACCUGACAGUCCAGUUUGUCCGGUUCCGUGGCGUGGCCCCGACAGUGGGAAUGGUUGCUAGGAAGAUCCUGAAGGUACACAAUAUGUUGGUUUACACAUAUUCCUUUGUCUGUGACACGAGAGAAUGCAACGUGCAAAUUUG